UGUCCGAGGUGCAGCUGCAGUCCGGGAGGUCUCUGCUGGCUUUUAGUUUGUUGUCUGAUGAGCUGCAUUUUAAACUACUUGUUUUGUUUUGUUUUUGUGUUGUCAGGCGUUUUAUCCAGUCGCUUAUUCAUUGAAAGCAAAGUUACAACUGAGAAAAUGUUAUUUUAAAUCGAGCUUUGUUAUUAUUUUUUGAAAUUUUAUUUAUUUUAACAUUUUAAAAGAAAAAUGAAAUCCUAAUUAAAAUGUUAUUUUUUACAUUUUAGUUAAAAAAAGGAAAUUAAGACAUUUUCUUUUUAAAAGUGUUGAAUUUAAACAAAUAAAUAAGCUUUAUUUUCUUAAUAAAAUACCUAAAAAUGUCUAACUUUAAGCCAAUAUCUGCUAUUUAAUCCUAUUUAUCUAAACUGUUUUUUUUUUUCAGUUAAUUCUAACUGAAAAUUACUUGAAAGCAUGUGCGGUCUUUUCUCCCCUCCUGCCGGCUGGAGUAGAGGAGACUAAUUUAGAAGUUGCAGAUUUGAGCUGCCUGAAUUGGCUAGACAGCUGUAAUCGCACUCCCUCCUAGUCUUAAUCUCUUUAUCUGGCUAGCAGCUGCCAUAUGGCCCCCGUCAGCUGGAUCAGAUGUGGGUAAGCCUCCCUCCCCGGCCAUCCCAGCCUCUCCCUCACCCUCUCUCCCUCACCCUCUCUCCCUCCGUCAGACCCCUGCCUGCGCUAACUGGCCGUCCUGGCCGGGUGACGGGCUGCUGCCCUCCUGAGCCUCCGUUGACGGCUCCCUCCCCACCACUGCCGUCUUUAUUUUUAGCCAUCUUUAAGGAUUAGGAUUGAUGCUGUGACGAGCAGGGCACUUACAGCGAUUGUAUUGUAAAUCUUCUCUCCUGGGUGGUGGUGGAGGGGUGGAGGAAGAGGGUAGUUUCUACUACGGGGUCGGAUGUGCGGGAUUUUUUUUCUUGUAAUAUUCAGAUGGUGUGUGAAAGGAGGAGGUGGCAGAGGGGUUUGGCUGGACAGAGGGGGUGGGGGGGAUGGAGAUGGGAGGUGGGAGGUGGUACACCCUUGUCCCUGUAAGCCCCCUCAUUAAAAGCAGUCUGAACGAGCCGGAGGGCGAGCACACACACAUAUACAGGACACACACACACUCAGUCUCACACACACAUAGGGACAUUCUUGGUUUAGCUUCAUUCAAAUGAGGUGAUUUAGCUGCUUUGGUUAACACAGUGCGGAGCGGGACCAAUGUAUUUUCUCAGGCAGGACAAAUUGACUUGGUUAACAGGUUAUGAGGACGGCAAGAUGGAGUUCCCAGACCACAGCAGACAUUUACUCCAGUGUCUGAGCGAGCAGCGGCACCAGGGCUUCCUGUGCGACUCCACGGUUCUGGUGGGCGAUGCUCAGUUCCGGGCCCACCGGGCUGUGUUGGCCUCCUGCAGCAUGUACUUUCACCUCUUCUACAAGGACCAGCUGGACAAGAGAGACGUGGUGCACCUCAACAACGACAUUGUCACAGCCCCAGCUUUUUCUCUGCUCCUGGAGUUCAUGUACGAGGGCAAGCUGCAGUUCCAGGACCUUCCCGUGGAGGAUGUGCUAGCAGCAGCCAGCUACCUGCACAUGUAUGACAUUGUCAAAGUGUGUAAGAAACGUUUGAAGCAGAAGUCCCCGACCGAGGCGGACAGCACGCGCAGAGAAGAGGACGGCGGCUCCAGCUGCUCCGAUAAGGCCGACAGUCUCUCAGAAGGAUCCACAGGCCGGCCUGCUACUGCCGACCUGCUGCCCAGCGACGAAGACGAGGAGGCCAAGGCCGAGCGAGGAGCGAUGUGGCUGAGACUGCCGUCUGCAGACAGAUCAGGGACGCCAGCCACGGCUACAACCAGCCCGGGGCACACAGAGGCGGAGACCCAGGCUGGGGAAGGAUUGAGGGAGGGGGUGAAGAGGCUCUCCCCGGCCGGCAGCCCCUCCAGCUCCACAGGGUCCCUCUCGCAGCGCUCGCACCGCUCCGUCAGCUCUCGUGGAGGGCAGCGGGGCAGGAGGGUGUCAAACGAUGCAGCCGACUGCGUUCUGGACCUGUCAGUCAAGCCGAUCGCCGGUAGCAACCACAGCAAUCACCACCAGUCGUAUUUCAGCGGGGCAGCGACGCCAGACAGGCUCCAAAGCCCAUUGGCUGUGAGGGUGAAGGUGGAGAGGGGCGUAGCUUCGGAAGAGGAAGAGGAACUCGGAGGUGGGGACUAUGACAUGGAGCACAGCGGCAUCACCAAGGCCACAGUUCCCAUCACCAAUGGGGGCCUCGGGCACCACGGGGUCGGCGGGCCCCUGUCGGCCCAGAGGAGGCUCGGCCUGGAGGCCCACCUGUCCGCUCUGCGAGAGGCCUCCCUGGCCUCAGAGAUGGAGCGGGAGGAGAAGCCCUCGGCCACAGCGGACGACCAGGACAUUCUGGGGGGCGAAAACGAGCGCGCCCAGGCCGAGGUGGCCAGCAUGGACAGCGCCCUGCUGCCCUACGUCUCCAACAUGCUGUCAGCUCAACACACUCAGAUCUUCAUGUGCCCGCUGUGCAACAAGGUGUUCCCCUCCCCGCACAUCCUGCAGCUCCACCUCAGCUCCCACUUUAGGGAGCAGGAGGGCAUCCGCGCCAAGCCCGCCGGAGACGUCAACGUGCCCACAUGCACCAUCUGCAGCAAGACCUUCUCCUGCAUGUACACGCUGAAGCGCCACGAGCGGACACACUCCGGAGAGAAACCCUACACCUGCACCACCUGCGGCAAGAGCUUCCAAUACUCACACAACCUCAGCCGGCACGCCGUGGUGCACACGCGUGAGAAGCCGCACGCCUGCAAGUGGUGCGAGCGGCGCUUCACGCAGUCCGGGGACCUCUACCGACACAUCCGCAAGUUCCACUGCGAACUGGUCAACUCAAUGUCGGUGAAGAGCGAGCCGCUGGCGCUGCCUAAUGUCAGGGACUGGGCGAUCGAGGACAGCUCGCAGGAACUGUGGAAGUAGAAACACACUGCAGGGUUUGAUAAAGGGAAAGAGCGGAGAGUGAAAGAAGGGCAGAGAGGCAUGGGGGGUGAAAGGGAGAAGGCAGAGUUGAUAUGAGGGGUUCAAGAGAGUCAUGUUCGUGUGUGUCGCAAAAUCUCAUUCAAUUGCACUUUAAUAGCACAUGAAAAUGUUACUACUGAGUUUUUUUGUUGUUGCUGUUUGGGGUGAUUUUGUUUUAUUCUAUUUUAUUCUGAACUCUUAUUAUUAUUAUUAUUUGGCGUUAAGUUCUGUUUUGGUGGUUUUUCUUGCGUCUAAGGACGAGGGUCUCGCCUUCUGGGAGAGUUUUCACUCCGUUCGUGUUUCAUCUCAGACAAAAACACUCCGACGCUGGCCCCAGAUCCUCAGACAGCAAACGCCACGGCAAGAGUUCAGGUCGAACACACUGAAGUGAAAAUACAAUACACUAAACGGGUACUGUGAUCAGCACACACACACACACGGUUUGAAGAAGUGUGUGUGUGAUACUGCACUACUCUGGCAAACAUUUCACCUGACGUGCGUGAGUGUGUAUGAGUGUGUUUUGUGUGUAUUCAUUUUAUUUUCUACUGGCAUGGAGGUGAGGUUGGCGAGGCGCUUCUCGCUCUUUGGUGGUGUGUGUUCAGGGUAACGCUGACUGACUGACAGACUAACUGAUGGCACUCAUGCAAUGCACAGCCUCCUUUUUUCACUUCCAAUCAAUUUGAAGUAUUUUCUAAAAAUGAAAAGACCUUUACAGAUUAUUAUAAUUAUUAUUGUUAUUAAUAGAAUUUUUUUCUUAAAUCUAGCUGGCAGUCUUUAAACCAUCUGUUGUUGGAAAGGUAUUUAAUUUAAGGUUGUUGUAUAUUAUUCUGCUAUAGUUUUAGAAUUUAAAUCCGUUACAUUUUUUUAAAAAUUAAUUAUUAUUAUUAUUAUUUUGUUACUUUUUUUGUAAUGGGACCUGCUGUUGUUGCAUGAUGUCCAAACCUGUAUAUUUUAAAAUACAAAUGUGAAUUUGCUGUAUUACUGUACACAUUGUAAUUGAUCAAAUAUUUGACAACAGGCUUUCUUUUUCUUUUCUUUGUGAAUACUACUCCAGGGUGCAGUCUGUUGAAAAGCUGAAUAUAUUUCUCACGACGUUGGGGGAAAAAAUGCAUGAGAAUUUGAUUUUGUCUUAAACCUUUUUCAGUUGUGGUUUUUGCAUCAGGCGGUGGGUGGGAGGUGUUGAACGUAAAACUUUUGACCGUGAAAAGUUGGAUUUUUCUGCUCGUUGUAGUUUCUGUCGCUGGGCUCGUAGAAGAAUGUUACCGAAUGUGUUUCCGUCGGGUGCUGAAGCGAUAUGAUGAAGCAUUUUAAGCCUGUGUGUAUAUGCACUGAUCUCUCUGCUGCGUGUGUGUGUGUUUGUGUGUGUGUGUGUGUUUGAGUGUGUGGCUUGGUUAUUACCAGUCAAUUUAAACCUACUGAAGAUCUACGUCCACCCAGCACUUCCUCCUCCUGCUCCUCCUCAGGCGUUCAAUGUCUCCACUGCUGUAUGUUUGUCCUCCACCUCUAAUGUCGCCAUCCUGUCUCCAGCUAUAGACCCACGUCUAAAGCCAUUUCCUAAUUAUUUUUGCUCAUUGGGCACUUACUUCAGGUCUGUUGAGUGCAGUUAUAUGGCUCUGGCUUGGCUUUGGCGUGAAGAAUAACAGAGAAAAGAAAACGGAGCUGUCCUGCUGAAAGUUAAAGGGUUAGAUAUGUUUGUGCUGAACCCGUACAAUGAAGUGAUGUGAAUGUGUUAACACGUCCAUAUGUGCGGGUGUGUGGGUGUGUGUGUUUUCCUCUUAAAACAUAAUCCUUACUCCGAGAUCGAUGGGAGAGAAUUGGCAUGCCUGAAUGCACCUUUUUAAGCUAAAAGACAAGAAAUCAGAUUUUUUGCUGAAAAGAUGCCUUUGUUAAAAAACUAAAACAUUUCUGACGCUAUGGAAGUAUUUGAUACUGUAAAGCAUUGGGAAGUUAAAAUCAUAUAUAAAUUCAUGGAAUUUAUCAGAAAAUGAUAUUAUAUUUUGAUCAUGUGAUUGGAAAACAAUUUUCUUUUGUAUGUGAAUGUUGUGUUUGAGUCGGGGGCUACACUGGUUGAUAAUUUUUCAGUUUUUUCAACUCUAGAAUUUUGUUAGAAUUUAAAAAUAAUGGUCAAGCGUUUUUUACAAUCUGGAAACAUUUGACACAGAGAUAAUUCAAAUUGAACGCUCUACAUUUCCCCUCACUCAGAUAUGUGUGUGUGUGCACGCCCCCAGUGAUGUGCAUGGGGGAGGGGGGGGGUUGUCUGUGUUGCCCUGUCAUCUGGUGGCACCCACAGGCUUUGCCAAGGCAACAGUGUGGGUGACAUUGCGGCAGUUUGCACCGCAUCGUCUAAUUUUUCUUCUCUAAACGUUAUUCCUCCGCUGCAUAUGGGCUCACUCCAUCCUGCUGUUGUUUUCAUCAUUACUGCUGUGUUUUUUAUUUGUUUUGUUCUGUUCCUCUGGUUGUACUUGACCGCCUUAAACUGCUGUAGUCCGGGCUGUUUUUCAAAUGUUUUAUUUUUAAAGUGUGAGCGUGGGGGGGGGGGGAAGUUGUGGGAGCGAUGUCAACCGCUCAAGACGCUGUGAAGUAUCCGCCCCGACGAAACAUCUCCAUCUUUUGCUGUGCUUACUUGAAAACAAAAGGGGGAGUUUAUUUUAUUUUUUAUUUAAAACAAGGUUUAAAAAUAUGAUGUUCAAAUGUCAUAGACAGUUUAUGGAAAAGGAAGAUGGGGGAGGGGGGGGUGGGCGUGAAGUGACUGAGUCUGUUUUGAAAAAGGACAAUCACUAUGUGGGAAAAAACAAGCAGAUUUUGAUUCAGAUAUAUUUGCUCCCUCUUGAGAUUAAGAAAUGUCUUUGCUUUUCUUUCAUGUUCCUUUUUCAGAUGUAGUCAUUUUUAGCUUUGACAAUCAUAGUUGGGUUAAUUUUUUUUUUUUCUCAAGGGGAGUAAAUUCUAAUUGUGUUUAGUUUUGUAAUUUUUUGGUGUGCUGUUGUUGACAUUUUUAAAUUGUGUGCAAACUGCAAUAAAUUAUAAGAAUCUUGAAAUUCAA